CUCUUACACUUUGGUCACACUAUUCACUCUUCUUCCUCUUCAUUUUCACAACAAUUUUUUUCCCCAUUAUUAACGAUGCAAAGAUUUUCACUUUUCUUCCAAAAACACAAUCUUUUCAACCUCCCAUUAAAAAAAUCACUUCCAAUUAGCCACCAAAAUACCACAUUAUAUCGCUUCUUCUUCUCAACUACUAUUUUCCAGGUAAAUUCUUCUCAACCAUCUUCUUCACAUUCACCACCAACACCAAACCCUAAAAAAACCCCAAAUUCCCAAAAUGACCAAUUUGGCCUUGUUUACCUUGAAUCUAAUACAAACAAUUUCAAUGAUCAAAACAAUGAUGAAUUUGCUUUUGAUGUAGAAAAAGUUUAUAGAAUAUUAAGAAAAUACCAUUCUAGGGUUCCUAAAUUGGAACUUGCAUUGAAAGAAUCUGGAGUUGUUAUUAGGUCUGGAUUAACAGAACGUGUUUUGAAUCGUUGUGGUGAUGCUGGAAAUUUAGCUUAUAGGUUUUUUUCUUGGGCUUCUAAGCAACAAAGUUAUAGACAUAGUCAAGAAGUUUAUAAAGCUAUGAUUAAGGUUUUGAGUAAAAUGAGACAAUUUGGGGCUGUUUGGGCUUUGAUUGAAGAAAUGAGAGUUGAAAAUCCUCAAUUGAUUUCGCCGGAAGUGUUUGUUAUUUUGAUGAGGAAAUUUGCUUCAGCUAGGAUGGUUCAUAAGGCUAUUGAGGUGUUAGAUGAAAUGCCUAAGUAUGGUUGUGAGCCUGAUGAAUAUGUUUUUGGGUGUCUUUUGGAUGCUUUGUGUAAGAAUGGUAGUGUUAAGGAGGCGGCUUCGCUUUUUGAGGAUAUGAGGUAUCGGUUUCCGCCGACUGUUAAGCAUUUUACUUCAUUGUUGUAUGGUUGGUGUAAGGAAGGGAAGCUUGUGGAGGCAAAGCAUGUUUUGGUGCAAAUGAAGGAUGCGGGUAUUGAGCCGGAUAUUGUGGUUUUUAAUAAUUUGCUUGGUGGGUAUGCUCAAGCUGGGAAAAUGGCGGAUGCUUAUGAUCUUUUGAAAGAGAUGAGAAGGCAGGAGUGCGAACCGAAUGCUGCCUCGUAUACUACUUUGAUCCAGUCGCUAUGUAAACAUGAAAAAUUGGAGGAGGCAAUGCGGUUAUUUGUUGAGAUGCAGAGGAAUGGUUGUCAGAUGGAUGUCAUAACGUAUACCACAUUGAUAAGUGGGUUUUGCAAGUGGGGGAAAAUCAAAAGGGGUUAUGAGCUUUUGGAUCAGAUGAUACAGGAAGGUCAUUCCCCGAAUCAGCUAACUUAUCUGCAUAUCAUGUUGGCUCAUGAAAAGAAGGAAGAAUUGGAAGAGUGUAUGGAACUUGUGAAUGAGAUGCAGAAGAUUGGUUGUGUUCCUGAUCUUAAAAUAUAUAAUACAGUCAUUAGGUUGGCUUGCAAGUUGGGAGAGGUCAAGCAAGGUGUUCGGCUUUGGAAUGAGAUGGAAGCAAGUGGACUCAGUCCGGGUACCGACACCUUUGUAAUCAUGAUUGAUGGGUUUCUAGAGCAGGACUGUCUAGUUGAAGCUUGUGAGUAUUUCAAAGAAAUGGUUGGGAGGGGGCUUUUUGCUGCUCCUCAUUAUGGUACACUGAAGGAGUUGAUGAAUUCUCUUUUAAGAGCUGAGAAGCUUGAAAUGGCUAAAGAUACUUGGAAUUGUAUUACAGCUUCUAAAAGUUGUGAGAUGAAUGUGAGUGCAUGGACAAUCUGGAUUCAUGCACUGUUUUCAAAAGGACAUGUGAAAGAGGCUUGUUCGUUUUGUAUAGACAUGAUGGAAAGCGAUUUAAUGCCACAGCCAGAUACUUUUGCAAAGCUUAUGCGCGGUCUGAAGAAAUUGUAUAACAGAGAAUUUGCAGUUGAAAUCACUGAGAAGGUAAGGAAAAUGGCUGCUGAUAGACAUAUCACUUUCAAGAUGUAUAAACGGAGAGGAGAGAGGGACUUGAAAGAAAAGGUGAAGGAGAAAAAAGAUGGGAGGAAGAGGAGGGCUAGACAACGUCGUUGGGGUGGCGCCGGCAGCAGUAAAAAAACACUAUAAUUUACAGGGGUGAGGCUUCAAAUACAACUCACAGGUUUUCCCUGGUAGUUUGAUUCCUGCGCAGAUGCUGGUCAAGUAAUUCAAUUGAAUGGAAAUUAAGUGGUGUUAUUGAUCUUGGCUUAAGGAGAGAUGAGCAUAAUUAGAUGGCAAUAGAGUAGUUGUUUCUUUCUUUAAGCUAUGUUAAGCAGUAAGCACUACUAAAGCUCGACAAAGUUUCAAACAAGAAUACUCCUUUGCACCAACAUUGUGUGCCUCUCAACCUAUUGGAUAAGCGAAUAAUUAUGAGAUGAGAGAUGAUGAAAGAGGCAAGGGAAAUGAUCAAAUGUGCCAUGGGAUUCAAGACAUUGUCCUGCUUGUUUUAGUUAUGAAUAUACAAUUUUGCUUUUGGAAGUUAUGGUCAGCACAAUGAUUUAUCAUAACAAUUAAAUCCGCCAGAAGCUACACUAUCAUGCAACUGUGGUUAGAUUCUUCAAGCAGAAAAGGGCAAUCUACAGAGUAAUUUUUCCAAGUGUAGGUUGGUUGGGGUUUGGAACAACCAUAGUACACAAACGAUCUCAUGAAGCAAUGUAAGAACGGGAAUAAUUGAAUCCACCAUUUUUUGUCGUCGGCUAAAUUUCCACCUUGCGAGAGCCUUUUUGACCACCAAUAGCUACACAACCACUAUCAUUGAAAUCAUCUCUUCUUUAUUUUUAAGAUUGGAGUAGUUUGAAUUUUUAGACCACCACCGUCUUCAAAUGCCAUUUCCGGUCAACUUGAACCUGCACAAGGAAAAAGUCCGGAUAUGUGAUCUUCAUUGCGAUCACACCACCGUGGUUGAGUUUCCGAUCACCAUUUCCGGUUGGAGUUGAAAGAUGAAGUUGUUAAUAUGAUUUUCAUUUCACAAAAGUGCCUCUUAGAUAUGAAGAUUUUUAUGGAGCCUAUUUGAUAAUUUUUCUUCUUUAAACUUCUGAGGUUCUAUACCUUUUUUAUACUUUCAAUUAUCCCCACCAAAAAGACCUCAAUUAACAUUAUGGUUACACAAUUGUGCCAAGUUAAAUUGAUGAACAUGAUUUAGGGUACAAGGGCCAUACGCUCAUGUCAUUCUCCUGUUGCGUUCAGUGUUUGGCAAAGAAUCGUGAGGUUGAAGAUAUGUUGUAGUUGUAGAUAGACUAUAAUAAAAUCUGUGAUCCUACUUGAUCUAUUGUUUUAAAUUGAAAGUUAUAGUAAAAUGCUCGUGCUUGUAUCUGGUUGUGUAUAUUUAUAAAAUAAUAUCAUCUUAUAUAGAUUGUGGAUAUGUAUGGCAAAUUAAAAACAAUUAGAGAUGAAGACUUGUAAAUGUUUUUUCUUACAAAUUGUAAAAAUUCUCUCAUUGUGGCAAUUUGUUCUGUGUAAAAUACUAUUCUCUCCGUUUUCUUAGAA